GUGCGAGUCUUCUUUUUCUAUACCUGUCAUACAUGUUUUCUGUAAUUUAUUUACAUUUUGUUUAAGUGAAUAAAACAAUUUAACUUAUUUCUCUGGGGAAGUCAGCAAACCUUAAUUACAUAUAAGCUUUCAGUAUUUAAGAGUCUUAAAUGUCCGGUUACGAGGAUCGUGAUAGUGACUACGAAGAUGCCGAUAAGGAAAUAUUUAGUUCCUCAUUUAAGCCAUCUUACGUUGUUAUUGGCAUUGAUAACCAUUCAUCAAUGUUUGAAAAAAAUUUAAAUGGAAUAACACCAUUUCGUAUGUGUUUAAAAGCAUGUCAUAACUUAGCAGAGAAUUUGCUUUUCCGUAAAGAUGCUAGGUCUUGGAGCCAUUUUGCUAUUCUAAUAUCGGGCAUAUCUAAACCUUUGACAACGUUUAGUGAAAAUGUUGUGGAUGUUAUAAAAAUGUUAAAAGCAACAUCUGACUUAUCUGAUGAUGCCUUGAGCCAGGAGUACCAAAGAAAAGGAAAUUUGGAUUUAUCAUCAUUUUUCCUUUCUGGUAAAAAACUUUUUCACGAAGUAAAAACAGUAUUUUAUAAAAGAACUUUUCUCUAUAUGAGUAACGAUGAUAACCCAGUUAAAGACAAAAAUUCCAAGUUCACUGCUUUCAAUGAAAUCAAAACAUUUGCUGGAAGUCAGAUUCAAUUUCAAGUUAUACCAACAGUACCAUCAUUUAACUACAAACUCUUUUAUAAUGAGGUAUUUAAUCUACUGGGAGGUCUAAAUGAAGAAGAAAUUUGUACUGAUACAGAAGGUUUGACACAAAAGUUGUCCUCAACAAUAUUAGUUAAUAUAAAUAAACGUAAACUAAAUUUUUAUCCAUUUAAAGGUGAUACUACACGUUUUUUGAAAUGUUUGAGACUGUACAUUUAUUCGAACAUACAACUGUAUAAUAAUUAUAUGACUAAAGAUGGUCAAAAAGUAAUUAAUACAUCUAGACAAAGUGAUACUCCUGUAUAUUAUCGUAUAAAGUAUAUUAGCUCAGAUAAAGCACCAAAUGUUAAAUUUGAUAUAGACGAAAAAGACCGUUUAAUGGAUUUUGAUACACCAAAAGGACUGAUUCUUUGUUAUGUAGCCGAUAGACAAGUGGGAAUUGGUCAUAUAUUUACUAGCCCUAAUUUAAUAAGAGCAGAUCCUAAAGAAGACCUACCUUAUUUUAAUAAAUUUUGGGAUAAUUGUGUAGCCACUAAUAAAGUUUUAGUUUGUACAUCAAAAAUGAGGCAACCAGAUAAAAUUAGAUGUGUGGAGUUGAUUCCUGUAUUGGUAGAUGGAAUUCAAAUGUUUUUAGAAAAGGUGUUACCGUUUGGAAAUGAGAUAAUUCUUCCUCAAAAGUUGAAUUAUCCAAUAGAAGAGGUAAAUGAAGAGAGAAAGGAAGCUGUCCGGAAACUAGUAGACAAGUUGACCUUUGACUUUGAACCUAAUAUGAUAACGGAUAUCCAAUUCCAGAAAAAGAAAGCUUAUAUAAGAGCAAAAUUACUGAAUGAACCAAUCAUACCAGUAAAUGAUAUUCAAAUAGAUCCCCAAGCUCUAGAUAGUGUUCUGGAUGAAGUAAUCACAGAGAUCAAGGAGAAGUUCGAUUUAAAAGAAACAGAAAAGAAAAGAGGCCGAUCUUCAUCAUCCCAAAGAAGUAGAAACAAGAGAUUCAAAUGAAAUUUAGUUCACUGUUUGUGUUAUUUGUAAUUUUUUAUAAUAAUCUUGUAUCUAUUACAUUCUUCCAAAUAUUUCAUCAAAUUAUAAAGAUUUAUGAAAUUCUAUAAACUCAAUGCACCCACUUAACUAGUCCCGACAUUAUACUUCAUUUAAAGAUUCCAGUCAUUCAUUAAAAUUGGCAAAGUGAAAUUUAACACUUUGAGCCCCGGUGAGGUCCAUAGGCCAGUAAUAACUUUUCCCAUAGCUCAGAGCGGUCCUAUGAACAGAACGACAUAUUUUAUUCCAAACCUCCCCUAUUGCACAAGGGACCGUAUUUAAAUGCGUUUUACAGUUUGUCUAUUUAUUUUUUUUUCAUGAUCUUCAACUCCAUUGUAAAACAAAAAAAUAUUACUUUAGAUAUUUUGUCGUCUAUCACUUUAAUUCCCCGGCAGGAGACUCUUUCUCAAGAAGUGGUAUUCUGCCUCAGUUAAGGGGGUCAUCCCAUGUGAUGGCCUGUUUUUUAGGAUUUUUUUUCUAUGCCCUGUAAAUAGAUAGAGUUUGAGUUUAUUACCAUUACCAGAUUAUACUUUCCAAACAAGAUGACAUUCUUUAAGUUUGAGGAUCUUAUGUUAUUCUUAUGUCUUAUUCGAUAUGUUACUGAUGUUUGCUUGAAAAUAAGAGGCUUAAAUGGUGUUGACUUUAUUCUCAUUGUUAAGCUAGGCACAAAAUAUUUAAUGAAAUUUGAGGUUAGGAUUAUGAUUAAUACUAUUUUCUGUCUAUCACACUUCACUUAGUUUUGUUAUUAUAAUUUUUAAAUCGCACACAAAUAUUAAAUAAAAUGAUCUUGCAAUAAAUUUCAAGCAGUUUCUUGCACGUUGUCUUGCAUCAUGUUAAGUGGCAUUAACAUUGUAGAUUUGUUCUUGGUAGCUGCACUGGCAGAAAUAGUUCAGGAAGUGUACACUACAGCAUUCUUUGUAGAAGAAAGCACUAGUGUCGUUGUUCUUAGUAGCAGUACAAGAGAACUAGUUCACCCAGUACACUGUACUGGGUCUAGAAUCACUUCAGCUAGUGCAGUGCAAUAAGUGUAAUAUGAUAAUGGUGGCACUACAUCUUUGUCUUCGAACGAAUGUAAAAUACCAAAAAGUACUAAAUCGUUUUGCAUUAUUGUUAAUACUACAAGGCUUGAAUCACAUCAAAUACGACAAUCAACUACUACAUCGUUCUUUGUCUCCGAUCAAAUUAAUUCUAUACAAUCACGAACUGGCCUGCACUGAUCCAGUUCCGGUGCAGCUACCAAGAACAAACCUUGUUUCUCGUAUGACAAAUAUGUGUGCCUCAGGCUAUAUUCUGUAAUUUGUGCUGUGUUUCCAUUUCGCCCGCGAUUUGCAUUAGAAAUGAACCCCAAUGGAUUGUAUGCUUAGAACAUAGACUACUCUAUGUUUGUGAUACAAUUUUAGAACAUCACACAUGGCGUCGCAUAGAUGAAAUGAAAAAUGUUUCAUCUAUGUGCUAACAGCAUGGCCUAAUAUUUUAAUCCAAUGUUUAUUUUGAUCCUUUUAUGAUAAAAGUACAUUAAAAAAAACGAUUAUAAAAUAAGAAUUUCUUCUAUUAAAAUGUUCUUGUCGCUCUAUGUUGAUCACACACAUGUCAUUAAUUUUUCAAACUUUGGUCCACGCAUGCAAGUAAAUAAAUUGUUCGUUCAUUGUAGUUGAAGUGAAGAACAAUUAUGUGUUAAUAUGUAAUGAAAACAUUGAUACCGAUAUACACCCAUAUCGUUGUUGAUAUUUAAGGUAGUUUUAUUGAUAAGUGUCACUGAACGUGUAUAAAUACUUAAUAUCCAUUUUUUAAAUGUAGAUAGUCAUUGUUGUUUUAGUCUUAGAGCGUGAAGGUUAUAAAUAUAUAUAUUGGAAGAAUGACUAGUAUACAUGCUGCAAAUAUUCAUGAAAUUUACGAUAUGCCAAUAUCAGCUAUUCUUAGACCAUUUAUACCAGAGUUAGAUGAAAGUAAAGUAGAAUCCUUGAUGAUGACUCUAUUAGAUCCAGUGAAAAAGCACACAGUUCCCCCAAUAGAUGUUCUUUGGAUAACUGGCAGAAAAGGAGGUAAUUAUUAUUACAGUUUUGGAGGGUGUCAUAGAUUUGCUGCACACAAGAGGCUUAAGUUAGAUACAAUAAAAGUGAAGUUAAUCAAAUCUAAUAUUAACGAUUUGAAAUGCUAUUUAGGUGCCAGUACACCAGAUUUAAAAUAAACUAUAAAAUUUUAUAUUUUUCUUUUUAAGUAUAGUUAGUUUUGGACUAAUAAAUUUUUAACUUUUAUGUUGUUUACUAUUAAUGGAAAGAAAUUUCAAUAAACUCUACAUUAUGAAUAUUUUCUAUCAAUUUAAUUCUGUGGCAAUAAAAAAUUCUAUAACUUAUAUGAUUUCAAAAAUUUACUGUUGAAGCAAUAGUCUUCCAAUGCUAAAAUUAAUGAAAUUGUAGAUGGCGAGAAAACUUUUUACAAAUUUUCGAUUUUUGUAUAUGACAUAGAUGUGCGAUUUGUUAAGUUAAUUUCAAAUUAUUGAAAUCUUUAUCAAAUGUUAGAGGUCAUAUUCAAAUUGUGCAAUACAAAAGUUUAUUGAAAAUUUCAUUAUGCGUUGGUAAAUGUAAACCCAAUACAAUUAAUAUUAAUAAGUUUUGAACAAUAUACGCGCACAUUUCAUACAAUUAUUUACACAUUGUUUAAUUUAAAUAAUUAUCAAAACAUAGAAAAAUUGGCAUUAUUUCAAUUUUGAAAAUAUACUAUUAUCAAGACUGCUUGGAAGAAUUAUAAAUAAUCCAAAAAUUAUCUUAUAUUUUAUUUCAGAAAGGUAUAGAGGAAUAAAACCUCAUUAGGUAUGCCACCUUCAUAAUUUGGCACUGAGGUUUCAUUGUAAUUUUUUUUCUUUUUAUCAAGUGCAGGUAAUAUCACCCGGGUUGGGGUCAAUACAUGGGUUUAGCCUAUUGUUAUCCAUUCACAAACACUGAAAAUAGUGUGCCAAAGGCGUGCCGGUAGGAUACUCGUAAAAAGGAAAGCCGAAUCUGAAAUAGGGUUGGAAUUAUGCAGAGCACUAAUAGAAGGUUAAAUGGUACCUGCUAAACGCAAAACAUAAGUGUAUAAUCCACUACCUAAGUAAUUCCUACGCAAUAUUUCGAUAUUGACACUUCAGGCCAGAAAACAUACUUUUCCUAAUUCUCUUACACAAUUACUUGAAAUUUUAAUAUUACAAACAAUACUUUCAAGAUUUACACCUAUGGCCGAUACCGAAACUGAACUAGACUAUAAUAAACAUACAGUUUAUAACCUUAAUUCCCCAGCAGGAGACUCUUCCUCAGGAAGUUGUAUUUCACUGAACUGCUCUGUAUAUCGUGCACCAAUUUUGUUUGACCAUAAUAUCCAUUAUAGAAAUUGGAUUGAAACAUAAGGAUAUAUAAUGGGUAUUAGAUUUAACCUUCCGGUGGGUGCGCCGUUGUACUGAGUGUUACAGGUGUUUUGUUUCGGUUUUCCCUUAUACCUGAAGGAUUAACGAGACUUCUCACCCCUCAUUCCACCCCUACCACAACCUUUACAUAAUAGAAAACAGAAAAAUAUCUGCAGUGGUUUAGUCCUAAAAAACAAUAAAUGUUGUUCAAAUAAAACUUGUUUUCAGUAUAUUAAUUAGUAAUAAAAUGUUGAUCAAAUAAAACAUAUUUUCAAUUUUUGUGCCUCUAAUACUUGAUAAUCAAUAUCCUCUAUAAGUAUCAUUCAAUGGGAUUUUUUAUUGUUUUAAUUAAAAUAUUGAUUAAACAAAGAAGAAAUAAUACUACUGUAAAACAAGCACUAGGAGCUAAUGUUUGGCUAUAAUUCAGUUAAUCCAUUGUAAAAAACAUAGGUAAGAGUAAAUAAUCUAUUUUAGCAAAAUUAAAUGUAAAAAUAAACAUUCGCGAAAGUUUUGAAUAAAAUUAACUGUACUCAGUACAACGCGCGCAUGCCCGAAGGUUAAGGAAACUUGCCAAAGAUAAACAGUUUAAACAAAAUAGAAGUAUAAAUAGAAAAAGUUUAACAAAUCCAUACUUUUAACGAAAUAUGACUAUUAUAGAAAAGCCUUUGCUAAAAUACUAUUAACUAAAUUUGUUGCCCGCUGGAAAAGGGAUGAAAGGGAUGAAGCAGUUUUAUAACCAGUAGUACCAUGAAACAAACGGUUUUAUUUUUUAAAUUAUAUGUACAUCUUUAACAAGUAUAUAAAAUCUACUAAAUUAAUUCUACUUUGCUUAAUAUAACAAUUUGUACUAAAUAUUGUACAAAAUAAUUGAAUAUUCCCCGAAGGGUUUAUUUGUGAAGCAGUCCUUCACAUGGCAUUAAAUCUGAACUUAUUUUUACUUAGUUUCUUAGAACUGUGGCCAAAUAAUAAUAACGGUUUUUUAGUAUAUUAAGUGGUUAUACUACCCAGCUUGGAUUAGUUAAAGUGCACUGUAAAAUAAAAUUUUUGUUGGUUAAAACUUGUAAACGGAUCAAAAUAUUUUGAGGUUUCUUUAAAAAUAAAUUGUUUAUUUGAAAAAUCCACAUAUCCAUAAAGACAUUUGUAGCUUAACGUAUUCUAUAUUAGACGAGAAACCCCACAUGUUCUAAUCACAUAACACUUUCCACGCAUGUUUAAUGUCUCUGAGACCGGACGGGAAAUUUGGCCCUUCCAAAUUGGCAUCCCUGAUGGUUCGUCCACUUUCUACCGCUCAGUAGUUUCCCGCCAUUUGUUAUUUGUAACCUUCAGUUGUCUGUGAACCGUCUUGCCGUGCAUAUUUUAUUGUUUAUGAUACGGUCUCUUGUACCGGACCAUACGCUUAGUGUUUGGCGAGUCCCGGCCUGUAGUACUGGAUGAUACGAGUUACAUAUGAAGUUUUGUUGUUGUAUAUGUCAAAGUAAAUAGCCUUAGUUUUUUGUUGUUGUACAACAAUGGCGAGGAAGAAAGUGGCGUAGAUGUAGACGAUACAGAUCAAGAUUAUGUUGUUUCUGCUGAUAGUGACAGUAGUGUCGGGAGUAGUCUGUAUGACGAACCUCAAAUAGAGGAUGAAGUGAGUGAUUUCAUAUUUCCCAUAAUGAUCCGAUUGGUAUAAGUAAAAGACUCUGUCGACGAUUUUUUUUAAGUUUUCUCACUUAUUUUUAUAAAAAAACAACGUAAUAAACGCUAAGGUAACAGUUAUUACAAAUCUGAUCAUGAAGAUCUAUAACCAAUAUUUUUCUAGCCUAACUUAACUAACGUGGAAAUUCUUAAAUCUCAAGGUCCUAUUCUUUAGCAUACCUUAGUAAAUUUUAGCAACACUACCGUUUACGUAGUCUGAUUUUAACUACUUCAAUUAAAAUAACUCAAAUGGCUUGAUCCUAUUAAGCCUUCUCACUAAAUUGGCAUUGUCGAGUUAGAUAACCUCAACGUUACCAUGUUAUAGUAUCGCGAAUUGGAUUAGGUUAGGUUAACACUUUCUACAUUGAGGUCCUUAUGCAGUUGUUGUUACGUUGUAUCAAUUGAUUGUUACUUUUACUGGCACAACCCCAAAGUUGUAUGCCAUUUGUCCAGACGGGUUUUAGUAUCUAUUUUUAGAGAAGCAAUUUGUUGUAUGUGGACAAGUCUUUUUAUAUUUUAUACCUAGCCAACGGAGAUAACGGGAAAAAAGUUUGAGGGGUAGUAUAACUUCUCAGCAUUUCAUUAUCAAUCUUUUCAAUUGAAUAUAUUUGAAAUGAAAAUUUUUCAGUUGGGGAAAAUUUUAAGAAACAAUGGAUGAAAAGAAAAACUGGAACUGUCAACAAUAUAGAUUUUCUUAAAUAUUUUCAGCAGGUUAUUUAGAAUUUCUUUUUUUUUACUUAUUGAAUUUCCUUAUUUUUGGUGUAUUUCAAUGAAACAUCAUGAAUUCUAUAAAUUCAAAUGAUCUGGUGAACUUGGAAAAUCGAUAUUAGAGCUAAAAUAUUUUUAAUGCUGUAAAGAAUUCAUUUAUAUGUAAAUAAUUUAAAAAUUACCAACUAUGUUAUUCAACACUGUUUAAAAUAUUUUUAAAUAUUAAUAAAAAUAAAAUAGUCUAGUCUAAGGGGUCGGCAACCUAUGACCCGUGGAUCAUCGAGUGACCCAUUUGGUGAUUUCGAGAGACCCACUUUAGUUCCGAAAAUAGAGUAUAAGAUAUACAAACUUUUUUUUAUUUUCCCAAAAAAUUUUGGUCGCAAAGUUAUGAACGUACCAAAUUUGAAUCCAGUGUAACACAUAAAAAUAUCAAUUAAAGCCCGACUCCCUCCUGACUGGAUAUGGAAUCGGCCGAUUGUAUAUCAGUUAUAGUUAUAGCACGUGUAGUACAGUAGUACAAUAAUAUUGACCUAGUGAAAUAAAUGUUAUUAUUUAAAAAAGUUACCAUGAACAAACAAAAAGUAAAAGAGAUUUUUCUUUUACUUAAAGUAUCUUUAAUACUCGCAUUUUGUUUGAUUUUGACCCCCGGCCAAAAAAAGGUUGCCGACCCCUGGCCUAGUCUAUAUCGAGAUCGAAAAUCAUAAUCUGCAAAAA